AUGCCCGUCGUGCAAAAUAUGAAUGAGAAUGCCGGGCCAGAUAUGACUGACCUGGACACCUCCUCGGACUGGCCCGCAUUCCCCGGCGAUGAUACCCUACACGAAGCCUAUGAAAUCGAACUCGAGACACAGAAUGGCGACACUGUACGCUUCGGUGAACUUGUAGCGGGGAAAGGCGAUUCAAUCACCACGAUCGUGAUAUUUGGUGAGAACCUACGAAUAAUCCUUCCCAUUCCGAGACCGUCUAUAGAACUACACUAA